AUGUCAUUGUUGGCUAAGCUACGCUGUGUCACUAUAGAUGUUACUGGUACCCUAAUGGCCUACAAAGGGGAACUUGGUGACUAUUAUUGCAUGGCAGCCAAAGCUGCAGGCCUUCCAUGCCCAGACUACAAACGUGUGCAUGAGGGCUUUAAGCUUGCAUAUAAGGACAUGGCAAAGAAUUAUCCUUGUUUUGGGUAUGCAGCUAAAAUGCCAAAUAUUGUGUGGUGGAAAACCUGUGUGCGGGAUUCUUUUGUCAGGGCUGGAUAUGUUUAUGAUGAGGAGAUAUUUGAGAAAAUAUUCAGACGCAUAUAUGCAUCCUUUGGUUCAUCUGCCCCAUAUACUGUCUUUCCAGACUCUCAACCAUUUCUUAGAUGGCUACGUGAACAAGAUCUCAAAGUUGGUAUUGUGAGCAAUGCCGAGUAUCGAUAUCAAGAUGUGAUUCUUCCAGCUUUGGGAUUAAACGAGGGAUCUGAGUGGGACUUUGGUGUGUUUUCUGGUCUUGAAGGCGUUGAGAAACCAAACCCAAAAAUUUAUGAGAUUGCACUUGAGAGGGCUGGAAACAUUGCACCUGAAGAAACUUUGCACAUUGGAGACAGCAUGCGCAAAGACUAUGAGCCAGCUAAGAGCAUAGGGAUGCAUGCACUAUUGUUGGACAGAUUUAAGACCCCAGAAGCUGCAGAAUGGAGGAAAUCUGGGGCAGUUGUCCUUCCUGAUCUAUUUGCAGCACAAGAAUGGCUUUCUUCAGCUAAGUUAGAUUACUAG